AUGCAGGCGGAUCGAACACCAAGACAAUUUGUGCUGUGCUUUGACGGCACGGGCAACAAAUUUUCUGGCAAUGAAUCUGACAGCAAUGUGCUGAAAAUUUUCAGAAUGCUGGAUCGCAGUGGCGGCGAUCAAUUCCACUACUAUCAACCCGGCAUUGGCACCUAUGUGACCUCGACCUCGCUGUCGAAUACCGGUCGCAUCCACAAAAUCCGAUCUGCCUAUCUCAAAGCAAAAGACGCCGCCAUAGGUUCCACCCUGGCCGAACAUGUCAUGGGAGGCUACAAGUUCCUCAUGCGAUACUACACGCCGGGAGACGAUAUCUACUUUUUCGGGUUUAGUCGCGGUGCCUAUGUCGCACGUUUUCUAGCGGAAAUGCUGGAUGAGAUCGGCCUUCUCGAGGCAGGUAAUGAAGAACUGCUGCGGUUUGCUUGGAAGACCUUCGCCAAAUGGCAACAACGUCGAGGCAACAAGGAAGAGAAGGAUAAAUUAUCCCGAUACAUGGAAGCGUUUCGCGAAACCUUUAGUCGGCCGGUGUCCCAGAUUCGCUUCUUGGGACUCUUUGAUACUGUCAACAGCGUUCCCCGAUUUGAGAAUGCGUGGAUGCAGCGCAGCAAAUUCCCGUAUACUGCUCGCACCCGAGCCAAGGUCAUUCGCCAUGCGGUCAGUAUUGAUGAGCGCCGGGCCAAGUUCCGACAGGACUUGAUCGGCGAACUAAGACCGUCUACUCCCACGGACCCGACCUCCCGACGACAACGGGUGCGGGAUCACCUCGCACGACACCACGUAUAUCUCCCGUACAAUCCUGCUCACCCCCACCGUGAUCAUGAGAAGGAGCAUCACAAUGGAGCGGCUGCGACUGAUGGCUCUCGGAAUACCGAAAACGCUGCCAACCAUGGACCCCAGGGGAAGACCAAGACACAUACAGUGUAUCGACCGCCGGCUCGCCGUCUCCGAGACGACCGCUCCGCGCGCUCUUUACCAAGCGCCGCGGCGAGUUGUUCGUCCCUAUCUCUGGAGACAGAGGAGGAUGAAGAGCAGGAUAUCGAAGAGGUAUGGUUCCCCGGAUGCCACGCGGACAUUGGAGGAGGGUGGGAACUAGAAGAUGGCGAAACGUAUGCGUUAAGUCACGCUCCCCUGGUCUGGAUGGUAGAAAAGGCACAGGAGGCGGGGGUGCAAUUCAGUGUGAAAAAAAGGAAGUACUUCAACUGCUGGCAUGAUCCAGGUUGUAAGGCCCAGGGCCGAGCGCAGGACAGGGCUUCUGCGGAGAGUCACAGGAGCAAGCCAGACCCAGUAGUCAUUGCACCAGACACCAUCGAUGAGAAGGCGGGCCUUUCUCACUUUGAACAUGCCCUUCGGAGAUCGAGCACGGAUGGCAAAAUCCAUGACUGCCUGGAGUUCCGGAAAGGGCUCCCAUGGACGUCCGUCCUGUCUUGGAAAGUUAUGGAGUAUAUGCCCUUCCGUCGGAUGGACCUACAAGAGGAUGGCUCUUGGAAGCCCAUUCGCUGGCCUCUUCCGCGCGGUGAAGUGCGUGAUAUUCCCCGUGAUGCAAAGAUACACGUAUCAGCCAUCAACCGCCUGAAGGUGAACCCAGAGUAUCGGCCAGGAAAUCUGAUUAUUGGUGGCGGGGGUAGAGGUGUAAAAAUCGCACCAAAGGAGCGCGGCAUUGGCGAGUGGGAAGUGGCUGAACACCACGGCUGUCCCAUACAGGAGACAUAUCUCCGCAAGCAAAUAACCCAUGUUGCUGUUGCUUGA